GCGAAAAAACUAACUUUAGCUCAGAACCACGCCAACAAAUAUAUAGCUCAAAGCACAGAAAGGAAAUUAGGGUUCUUCUCCCUUGCGCAGCUUCUUCAUCUGUACAUCGACCUCUCUUCAUCACUUUUCAUCUUCUCUCUCUCAGAGCCAAAAUGGGGAAAACUCGUGGAAUGGGAGCUGCUCGUAAGCUGAAGUCCCACCGCAGGAGGCAGCGGUGGGCUGACAAAGCUUACAAGAAAUCCCAUCUUGGGAAUGAGUGGAAGAAACCUUUUGCUGGGUCAUCCCAUGCCAAAGGCAUUGUUCUAGAAAAAAUUGGAAUUGAAGCCAAGCAGCCAAACUCUGCUAUCAGAAAAUGUGCUCGUGUUCAGCUGAUCAAGAAUGGGAAGAAGAUUGCUGCCUUUGUACCAAACGAUGGUUGCUUAAACUACAUCGAGGAAAAUGAUGAAGUAUUGAUUGCUGGAUUUGGACGGAAGGGGCAUGCAGUUGGAGAUAUUCCUGGAGUUAGGUUCAAGGUUGUGAAGGUUUCUGGUGUCUCUCUUCUGGCAUUGUUCAAAGAGAAGAAGGAAAAGCCUAGGUCAUAGGUUUUAUUGAAGAGUUUUCCAAUCCAUGGUGCUCUUAUAGUGAGCAUCAUGUAAUGCAGAAUUAUGUGAACAUCUUACCUCUUAAGUUAGAAGUUGAGCCUGUUUUGCUUGAGAAUUCAAAAUUUUGGAAUAGUAAGUAGUUUACGAGGUGAUACUAUGUUGGUUUUUGUGUGAGCCAGCUGCAAGUGGUUAUUGUGUA